UGUCAGUCUUGUACUGGAGACAGUGCCGGCGUGACGCGUCCCAUUCGCGAGAAACUCGCGCGUUCGCGCGAUCGUGUUUUGUUCGCGCGUAAAUUUAACUGUAUCGCUGUGUCUGUGGAUUUACGAGUGACAAAAAGUGAGAAGUGACAGUUUGUGAACUCGAAGAUUUUAGUAACGUGUGGGAAAAGAUCGGCAGACCAAAAUCUAACGUAUGACGAAACAUGGAAAGUUUAGGCAACAAUACCACAUUAUAUGACUAUAACCUACCACCAUUUGAAAUAUGGCCGAUAGAAAAAUGCAUAAGACUAGCGAUAAUACACAAUGGCACAGAUCCAGCGAAUCUGACUCAAAGUGAGUUUUUCUACAACGAUACGCGACUAAGAUGUUGGGAUCACUCGCCAGUUUUAAAAAACGGGACAUUGAUAAGAGGGAGUGUGCUCUCUGUGAUAGCUGUGUUAUCGUUUUUUGGGAAUGUUGCUACUAUAAUAAGUAUACGAAGAGGCAAGCGAAGUAGAGGUCGGGCGAGACCUUCUUGGACGGCGAUAUACAGUUUAAUAUUUCAACUGAGCAUAGCUGAUUUGCUAGUGACAGUAUUCUGUAUCGGAGGGGAAGCAGCGUGGAUGUUCACAGUGCAGUGGUACGCCGGCAAUGUGGGAUGCAAGUUAUUUAAAUUCAUCCAAAUGUUCUCACUGCAUCUGAGUACGUAUAUAUUGGUGUUGAUCGGAGUUGAUCGGUGGCUGGCUGUCAAGUACCCCAUGAAGAGUAUUGGCACGGCUACGAGGAGUGGACGACUAGUCAUUUUAGCUUGGAUAUGUAGUUUUGGAUUAAGUAUACCCCAGACAGUAGUGUUUCAAGUGGCAAAGGGGCCAUUUGUGGAAGAGUUCUACCAAUGUGUCACGUACGGAGUCUACACAGCAAAGUGGCAAGAACAAUUGUAUACAACGCUAUCCUUGGUGUUUAUGUUCGUCUUGCCACUCCUAAUCCUUGUUGGAACCUACGUUUCUACAGUUCGGACUAUUGCUCAAAGCGAGAAAGUUUUCAAACCAGAAGUGAUAAGACACGAGAAGUACCUCACGCCAGACUUGAAUAGACGGAGACUCAUCGACCGGGCAAAGAUGAAAUCUUUGCGGAUGUCAGUGGUUAUCGUGGCCGCGUUUCUGAUAUGGUGGACACCAUAUUACGUCAUGAUGAUUAUAUUCACGUUUCUCGAUCCUGACAAGAAGCUAAGCGAAGAUCUGCUCAAUGGGAUUUUCUUCUUCGGGAUGUCAAACAGCCUGGUGAAUCCGGUUAUAUAUGGCGCCUUCCAUCUGUGGCCCCGGAAGAAGCCCUCACACAGACAUAGUGACAGAGAUUCCGGUGGUCAUCACGCGUCUCUGCUCAGACGAGGAGACAACACAUCAUCCGUGAGAUUGACUACAAUUAGGUCUAUUAGGUCUUCAGGCAAAUAUACUAACGGAAACAACGUUAGCUUAUUGUAAUUACUCAGUGUGUAAAACGGCCAUACGUGCGAAUGAAAAGUCCCAUCGCUGUGUCUCGCUCCAAUUUAUGGACGCCGCUCACCGCUGUCGCGCUUAGACCAAUGUCGUGGCUGGACCGUGAGUGGAGCGGGCGUCAACGCGUCGCAGCGUCGACUCAGGACACAUGUAUGAGCUUCAAUUGUUUAAUAUAGACGCCUCACGCCCCGUAACGCUACACGCCCAAUAAGUGCGUGCACUCAAGCCUUACAUUAUUAUUACUAUACGUAAGCAGUAAUGUUCCAAUUGUACAUAGAAAUUCGACUUUAAUAAUCAGCAAAUAGUUUAAUUAGAUCUAAACUUAAUUUAUGUAUUGUUUUCCUUUUGUGAAUAUUAAUCGUAAUGUUUACUCCUAAGGUCCGUAUUGUAUUCUGAUAUAUUAAUUUUAUUAGCCUUUGGGUCUUCGUCAAAUGCCAUUUGAAUUAAUUAAAACUUGUUUUUGUUUUGGCUCAGCAUUGUUAUAACAUAAUAUUUAUAUAUGAAACUAUUUGAAGCCCUGCCGAAGGUUAUUGUUUAUUUGAAAAUUCAAUAGCCAUGCAACAAUUCUCUCGAACGGCAUUUCUUUGUAAUUUUUCUACAUUAAUAAUUUUUUAUUAAAAAUGUUUUUUUUUUUUUAAGUAGAAAUUUUAGUGUCUGUCAUAUUAAGCUUUUUGUUGUAGUAAGUUCAAUAGAAAACAGUUUUGAUCUAUAUGCAUUUACUUUUAUUCGUAAUAAAAUUAUUCCUAAAUUGAUAGUUUUCACGAUGCUCGAUAUGUCAGUUUUAUGACUGACAGACUAUCAGAGUGCUGUGUGCCACUAGCAGACAUUUACAGGUGUAUAAAACUAAGUUAAGUAAUUUAAAUUGCUAAACAAACUAUACCUUGCCGUAUCUGUAUAAAUGAACUAAGCAAUAAAAUAUUGUAUUAGUUUGCUUACAAAAAAUACAAAUAGAAAAUUUUUUCGCGUCAUGAUGCUACUCUGAUAGUCUGUCGGUCAUAAAUCUGACAUCUCGAGCAUCGUGAAAACUAUCAAUUUAGGAAUAAUUACGAAUAAAAGUUUGUUAUCUUUACUAUUACCACAUAUUUCACCAUCAAAUCAUUUGCCAUGUUCUACUUACUAAAUAACUUUUAAAACGAAGUAUUCUAUGUAUAAUAUAUUUUAAACCGCUUAUUCGAGGAGACCUGACUUCAUUAAAACCUAAGAAUGCAUUUUACUUCAACUAAGCUGAUAACAAACAGUUCUUUAUUUCUGCUCAAGCUGUUUGCUUGAGAGUCUUCAAGGAUUCCUUGCAAAGGUUUAUUUUACUCGAUUUGUGUCACGGAAAUUAUUCUAAAUUCUACAAGAGUUUAAUUUAUAUUUUGCAUUAGAAACAUAGAGUAAUUAAUUGUAUUAUUGUAUAUAUAAUUUGUAAUAUCAUUUAUAUUUGUAAACACAUGCGAGACAAGUUGGACAAAUUAUAACAGACAAAUAGAAGGAACGAAAUGUCACGAUAUUGUCUUGUCUCUUGAUUGCUGGUUCCUGGCGCUGAUUUUCAGAUGAGACCGUCAAGUGAAAAAAAAAAAAAAAAAAAACAAAUUAAAACCUGACUAGAAAUUAUAUGACUAUUGUCAGGAGGAGUUUUGAUGUAUGAAGUGACAGUUCAGUAUAAUAUGAGGAAAAUAGUUCUAGUAAAAUUCUGUGAACAAGUUGCUCACAGAAAUCGCGAAGCUGGCGACUUCCUCGCACAACGUAUCAGCAUUGCGAUACAGCGAGGAAAUGUCGCCAGUAUCCUUGGUACAAUGCCUCAAGGGCCUAUUUUAGACAUUAGAUAGCUUUU